AUGAGGAUAUGUCCGGCCCCAUGGGCUCAGCGCAUGGUGGGAAUGGUCGCGCGCGAAGAAGGCCAGCACCUGGCGAGCAGGUCAAGCACCGCAGAACUCGGAGCGGUUGUUUCACAUGCAGGCAACGAAGAGUCAAGUCAAAAGGCGACCCGGAAUGGGUCCAAGUCGGGCAAGUCGGCGUUCGCGGAUGAUCAUUCCUCACCCGAAACCCAUGAUGGGGAGAACAAGGAGCGUCUUCCCGCGAUCAUGGAUGAAGACGAGGAUGACGACUACAUCGAGUAUGACGACGACGACGACGAUAUGUCAAAGAGUCAAGAUGCCCGAGAUUCGUCACAUACACCCGGGUCGCUCCUCGAUCAAAGUACGUCGCCAUCUACCGAAGCGUCAUCAACCGCCCCGCCUACGAUACGACCGUCCCUGUCUCGGAAAGGCAGUGCGCAAACCACCAAACCGGGUCCUGUGACCAAGGGCACCUCCGCUAUGGCCCGAGAUCUUCAGUUUUAUCUGAACUACUUCCGGGACCAUAUGAGUGUGCAUCACUACUCGCUGAAACGCGACACGCACGGCUUCCUCAAAGGCGACUUCUUGAGUUGGGCGAUGAAAUUUGAGCCUUUGAAGUACGCUGUAGCCGGGUACGCGGCGUACUUCCACACACUUGAGCAGCCAGAUGGCCGCAUGAACAGCUUUCUUCAGUUCUACAACGAGUCUGUUUCGCGGCUGAGGAUAGCCAUCACCAAAAAUAAGAAACAGGGGCUCGCAACGUUUCUGACUAUACUACAGCUUGCCAGUAUCGAGGAGAUGCUUGGUGACUGGGUCAACCUCAUGGGUCAUCAGAAAGCUGCGUUCGAAAUGCUCACCCGCCUGUUCACGCCGGAGACUAUCACCAAGUCAGAUUUUCUCUGCAAAGUACUACUGUGGUAUGUCCGGUUUGAUCUGUUUGUUGGCUUUCAGUCUGGCGGCGAAGCAGUGCUGGGUCGGGAGUGGUACGAGGCUGUACAUGGAUGCUACGUGCAGAAAGUACGCGACAUGCCAGGAGACAUUGGAAUGAAAUACGAAGAGCGUUUUGCGCAUUCAAGACUGGUGGCGAAAGACUCGAACGAUCUGUUUGCGAGAACAGCCAAAGGUCUUGUCAGUCCCCAAGAUUUCAUGGCCCAGUUACCGAUACUCAGGGAGAGAGUGGAAUCGCUACAAAGGAACAUGGGUACAGACUUGACGGAUCCCAAUCACAAGGUCCACCAGAUCCUGGGAACGCCAAAGCCAGAGGACAUUGUCAACCCUUACGAGCCGGAUGUCCUAUGGGGCGGACCGCUUUGGACAUCGAACUUCCUGCAGCUGGACACGUGGGGUAUCAUGUUCAUGUUUACGAUCUCGUCUUCUAUGGCGUUGAAGCAGCCUCUUGAUCCAGAAGUCACUAAAGAAGCAUACAAAGCGAUACAAGUCUUCGAGGCUAUAUGCGCAUAUCCGGAAGCUCCGCCGGGCGCGGUACUGGAGGCACAAGUCAGUUUCGCCAUCGCGACUCUGUUCCUGCCGAAAGAUCAGAAGACUGUGCAGUGGGUUCGACAGACAUUUGCCAGGAUUGAAGCAUCAGGAUACAUUUAUUCUGACAUUCUUCGCAAUCGUAUGCUCGAAGGCAUGGGGGUUGGCCCAUCGGACUGGUGGCUUCCCAACGACGAAAGCUGCCCGCCUAUCAUCCGGUCCAUCAAAGACUUUAUCAAAGACCGCACACAGGCACCCAAGGACCAGGUCUCGGACGAUCUACGAGAGAUGCGAGGCAUCUUCAGCUCCCUGACAAUUUCCGAUUCGCCGCCCUCGGACAACAUGACGGUGACGAGCGCCGACGGCGUGGCUUCAACGUACAAUUCUCCAGAUUGGCAAUCUCCGGGCUACGGAAGCGACCGCAAGUCGUCAAACGCUGAGGCUUGUCCACCGGGGUCACAUCAACAGUACGCUGUGCAGUAG